CAGGCGCAGCCCGCAAAGCAGGUCCUGUGAUUGGCCGGAUUCCUGGGCUCAGUCCCCACGCCCCGUCCGUCCCCCAGAGGCACGGACCGCGCACCUCUGAGCUGCCGGGGUGGGAACGCCACCCUAGCGGAUUUGAAGGGAUUUUUAAGAGAAUCAUGUCUGCAGUGUGGAAGACUCCCCGUGGAUCAGAUGCAAUGCCUGAGAUUAUGGUGAAAAUCAUUGGAAGUAAACAUUUUAGAUACCUCGUGGAGAAGCCAAAGAUCAAUGAGAAUGAGAACUUCAUUACAGAAACUCAGACAAUGCACCAGGAACCAAUGACUGAUAAUGCAAGACAGAUGAGCAGAGAUCCCCCAGCUCCCGUUAACUUCACUGAUCAGCAAACCAAUGAUAAUCCAGAUGAUGUGAAAGAGAACAAGCACACAGAGAACAACCAGAAAUCAGAAAACAACCAGAAACUAUUAACAGGAGUACAUAACAGCAGAUUCCUGGAUGUAAAAAUUCCCGGUCGGGCAGAUGUCUACUGCUGCUCUGUGCCAGCUGGAGACCAGUCCCUAUCCUAUGUGCAUGGCAUUCCCAGGAGAAAGCUUAGAGACUGGUCCCUGGAACAGAUGGUGAGAGGUGGCUCUGACCAACAUGAGGAUAUUGGCCAGAGGCCAAGAGGGACAACAAACGAAGACACUUUUCUUCUUGCUCUGGUCAGAAGAGAACUCAAGUCUCGUCCUUUGAGAUCCAACUUAUUAGAAAAGCUUCAGACAGAGCUGAAGAUCCUGGACCCAAUAUCUUCAGGAUUUCUUCUCCAAUCUCAGCUGAGCCAUCUCUUUUUGAGGCAUGAACUCCCUCUACAGUUACCAACAGUCAAAAUCCUUUGUCAGAGAUUUUCUAAGAGGGGCUCUCCUGAAAUGGUGAAUUAUGAGAAGCUACUCUGGUUUUUAAACAGUGCAGCUUCAGACUAUUCGCAGCAAAAUAAAGCAGUUGCAGACCAGAGGAAAACUGAGAGUCAUGGCAAUCAUAGCCAAAGCAGCACUCCACCUCAACACUCCAGCACACAGCCAGAAGUCAACAGGGGUCUGUUGGAGAUUUUGAAGAUGGCACUAAGGACAACCAAUGGCAAACUCAACAUAGACAAUCUCAAUCUGAGUUUUCGAAAAGAAGAUCGCUCGUUCUCUGGCUGCCUCCCUCCACCUAAGGUCAGGGCUAUAUGUGGGAAGCAUGGAUUAUAUCUGCCCCUGAGCCUGCUGGAAACAUUGCUUAGCCAUCAAGAUUUGGGCUACCAAAAUGAAAUAAAAUGGCAGAAUUUUGUUGAGAUACUGAGCAGAGCUUCUGCUGAUUUGUUAUCUGAUUUGCCUACAGGGAAGAAUGAAAAGAAAGCCUCUGCCCCUCCAGUGGAGCCUGAAGUCCCUGAGUUGUCUCAAAGCAAAACUGAACAUAUGAAAACUCCAGAAGAGGAGCUGCAGCCAGAAAACUCUCCUGCUGAAACUUCAGCCUCCAAAGAUCCACUGAAUUCUUUAAAGAUCAGGCCAGUCUCCCAGUCCUUGGUGAACCCAGCCAUGAAGAACGAGGUUGAAGAAUGUGAAACGUGGAUAGACAGGUUCCGGAAGCUGGAAAACGCCCUCUACCUGUGUGAUCUGAGUAACACAGGAGUUCUGGAGAAGGAACGAGCCAGACGCCUCAUUCACAACUACAAUCUCAUUUACAACCUGUCCCUGAGCCCUCGGAAAAUCGACCAGGCCUUGCGCAGAUUCCGUUUGGGAGAAAAUAUGCUCUUGGAGCCAGCACUGCGGUACUUAAAGGAGCUAUGAUAACAAGCCCAUAUUGUGAGAACAGAUGUUUCCCUUAUCUCCCUUUUUACCCAGACACGUGUUUCUCCCCAGCCUGAGUGCAGUGGCGGAGGCAUUGUCAGAGUGGAGGCCAAUGCAGCUAUUGUAGAUGCUUUUGAUUUGGGCUUGGUUUCUGGCUGUGAUGCUUGCACAUAAGCAGCUCAAAGUGAUCAAAGGAAACCUAGUUUUGUCUUCUGAUGUGGCUAAAACCCAGCUACUUAGAAUCUCCUUCUGUUUUAAUAAAGCUUAUUAUUAAUAUUA